AUGGAAGUGGAAGAAAUGAUUAAGUCACCCGAUUUAGUAACUGAUAAACCUGAGCCUAAACUAACAUUCUCUAUAGAUAAUUUAUUAGCUGACAAAUUUAGUAAAGACGUUAAUGAAAUAAAAAAUAAAUUUGUCGACGAUAACAACGAGUGUACGAAUGAAUCUGUGGAUUUUUUUAAAGAUGUGUGCAAUACAGAACAAGCUUAUUGUUCAAAUGACGAAGAUGAUAAAGCUAGUAACAGUUCUGAACAAGUGGAUGUGGAGAGUUCAACCGCUGGAGAUUCGAGUGAUUUCACGGAAAUAAAGUCUUCUGAUUAUUCACAACCAGGACCUUCUACGUCUCGAGGUAAAAGAGCUCGAACAGCGUUCAGUGCGCAACAAAUCAAGAGUUUAGAGGCGGAGUUUGAGAAGAAUAGAUACCUCUCAGUCGCAGCAAGAGGCAGGCUUGCAAGGCAUCUAAGGCUUACAGAAACACAGAUAAAAAUAUGGUUUCAAAAUCGACGAACAAAAUGGAAGAGAAAGUACACGAAUGACGUUGAACUCCUGGCACAACAGUAUUAUAGUAGCUUAGGUAUAGUCACGCCAAGGCCUAUGUUUGUAGGUGAUCGACUUUGGAUUUUUAACUACCCUAAUAGAAUACCACCUACACACCAACCAUGGAUAAAAUCGUUAAGUAACCUAACCAGUAUGAAUAAUAAUGGUCAAUUAGAUAGAAAUAUGUGUAGGAGCGUACCAAAACCCGAUGUUCCACCAUUUUUAAUUCCACCGGCACCCGCCACGUAUCCGAGUGAAAGGGUAUUUUUAAAUAUGGAAAGAAAUUUGAACAUGACAAAUAACCUUAAAAUUCACGCACAAAACCGACUUGUCCCGUUUUCAAGAGAAAUUUACAGCAAUAUGUCCACGGUGCAGCGUAACAUGGAAGUUUAUAAAAACAAUAUUUUAAACCACAAUAGUACGUCACAAGAACCUAAUGUAGAUCAUUUAAGAAGAUUGGAAGAAAAUUUUAGUAUCUAA